UAACACGGAGUUGGUAAAAGGUUCAUUUCACUUACGGUUGAGACAGUGCACAGAAGAGCCCGGGCGACCUGCCAUUACGAAUCCAUCUGAUCAGACUCCAUCCAAGCCCUCCACAAUGAGUUCGAAAAUACCUGCCUUAAACACGGACUGUUUGCAAAUGGCUCAGCAGUUAGUCACCAAAUACCCUCGGUUAAAGUCUGGGUUCGAUGACAUCAACUCCUUCAUACAUGCUCUCGAAGAAGACCCAAGGUUGGAGUCAAAAGGGGAACAGAUCCGAAUACUCACACAUAAGACAAUUGGACUUUCAUACGUGAACAAGGAUGAAUCCCACAGACGCGUAUUUGCAGAUUACCUGUCCUACACGCGCGCUGCUGAUGUCAUGUACAAGACGUAUAGUUCGUAUCUUAAAGCCAGGAAACUUGAGUUCUUGACGGAGAAAGUAUCAAAAGCACAGCUGACGCCAGAAAGCAGCUACCAAUUUAUCCGGGAGAUGAGGGGGUUGUUGUGGAACUACACUGACGCCAGUGUCCAGUUCGGCGAGAGGGUGUGCGGCAGUGGCCUCCUUCGAUAUUUUGUGGGGGACCUGAAGGCUGUUCUGAAGGAAGCCGGUAGCCCUGCCAAAGUGUCAGUAACUGACCCAAUGUUCCGGUCUGCUAGGGGCGUCCUCCACAACUGCUCUAACAACCCCGUCACCCGCCAACCCAUCAGGAAACUGGGGACAGUGUCUGUAGCCAUGGCCUAUCUUAAAGGUGACGCCCCAGGGAUUAAAAUGAUGCUUCUCCUGCUGCUGGCGAACAUAAUCGACGAGGAUGACAAUAAAGCUCUGCUAGCAGACAGUACCGUCUUUACCAUAAUGUUGAACAUGAUCAAGUUGUCAUGGAAAGAUCAAAAUCAUCGUUGCAACGGCUUCUCCGCGUCUGAGCUGAUAGUUGGACUCACUGGAUUGGCGAAGAACGACGACAAUAAGAAGAUCCUCACAGAGAAGGGAGCGAUCCCUGUGUUGAUGACUGUCAUGCAGGAAGGAUCAGAUGACGAGCGAGAGAAGGCUGUUCAGUGUGUUUGGGAGCUUGCAUUCGACAAGAAUAAUCAGCGAAUAUUUUCGGAAAACGUUCAACUGAUGGCGAUACUGAGGAAAAUGAAUGAAUCACCCAAAAAUAAGACGCUUUCCAAGGUUUCUGGGGGCGCUUUGUGGGCCAUCACACCGGAGAAGAAAAGGGGGAACCAGAAACUUAAGAAGAAAGAUGCAGUCAAGAAGGAUGAAAUUGUGCAGGAUGCAGGCCACGUUAUGAUCAGUUAUCAGUGGGCGGAUCAGGAAGUGCUUGUCAAGGUGAAGGAACUUUUGAAAAAACACAAAUUUAAAGUCUGGAUGGACAUCGACAACAUGGAGGGCUCCACACUGCAGGCGAUGGCGGAGGCCGUGGAGGGCGCGUCUGUGGUGGUGGUGUGUAUGUCGGAGAGAUACAAGCUGAGCCAGAACUGCAGAUCAGAAGCUGAGUAUGCCUUUGACCUCCGGAAACCCAUCAUACCUCUCAUUCUACAGAGAGACUACAAACCUAAUGGUUGGAUGGGAAUAAUUAAAGGGACAAAACUCUACUUCGACUUCAGCGGAAAAUACCCUUUUGACCAGAAAGCAUCGGAGUUGAUAAAAGAACUAGGUAUUCGAGGCAAGACAGGAUCGUCAACCGACAGCACUGACGGAGCGACAUCUGCAGUUGUGAAGUCUAAACCAGCUGAUGCUGGCCGGGGUGCUGGUGGUAUGGCCAAAUGGUCAGACAAAGAUGUUCAGAAGUGGCUUUGUAAACUGGGCUUGGAAAAACACUCAUCUUUGAAAAGUCUCGACGUAAAGCAGUUGACGUUUCUCCGUAGGAUAUCAAACGAGACACCAGAUUUCUUCUACAAUUAUGUCCGGAAUGACCUGCAGUUGAGCAAUUUGAAAGAUCUGGUGACCUUCAGUGAUGCUGUGAAGAACUUGUAACAGAUCUUACAACACAUUUUACUGUCAACCAUUGACCAAGGACACUUUUCCACUGGGCAAUUUUCAAUCCGUCCAAGCCCAUAUAGCCAUUUAUAACAUGGGUAGAUAUAUGCCUCAUGCACGAGCCCUUUCGGAACAUCUCAUUGAAUUCCUCAUUGUUGUUAUCUUUGUACAUUAAUAAUAUUUGUUAUAAACCUCUCUGCGCCUACUCAGUAUUCACCUGAUGGAGGGACAAGAAGUAUCCCUGAAACGCAGUGUCAAAGAAUAAAGAAGUUAUU